AUGCUGGAAAAGCAGCUUCUCUCACACAGCCUGGAAUUCAAAUCGUUCCAAGACUGGAACGGUGACUGUCAAUCACAGAUCUUGAUAUUCCGCAACAACAGCUCUUCAUGGUGGAUUAAAGUUACCUUGCAUGGCUCUGUUCCAGAAUCUAUACCGCGGGGUUAUCUCCAGCGCCGGUCAAUCUUUCAAAAAUUUGUUGAAGCGAUUGAUUUUGGUCAAUUGCAACUUUUGGACGACACUGUGACCAAUAUUAUUUUAAGCUUGACUGAGCAAAGUCACAGCUCGAUCACAAUACGGCAUGGGUAUCAAGCCCUAGCGAACUCCUAUAUUGCUGUUGCCCAUCAAAUGUGUUACAGGAUCGCAGAAGAUCCGCAAAGAGUCAUAUAUCCGACUCUAGAGCGAGAACGAUGUCUACCAACAUUUGAGGCACGUUUUUUGCAGAUUGUCGAGGUUGUUGCUCCAACAGUCUCCACGGUUUUGUUCAAGCAACAGAAGUUUGCUUACAAAACAAUCGACCGCCCUAUCUAUGAGCCAGGAGACACGGAACAUAUAUUGAACGAAAUCGAUGUUCUUGCACGUCUCCGCGGUGUUCCGAACAUCGCGCAACUAGUUGGCCUAGUUGUAUCGGAAAACCCGUAUAAGACUUGCCUGUCAACCGAUAUGGCAGCAGUGAUCACAGGAUUCCUUCUCGAGUACUACCCCGGAGGUUCGCUUGAGCAAAUUUUGGAGGAUGAGUUUCAACAUGAUGAUUUGCCAAUACAAUGGGCCUUGCAGAUUGGGACAGCGAUAGAACUAUUACACAAGGCAGGGCGAACUCACCUUGACAUCAAGCCGUCGAACAUUGUUUUGGAUGUCAAUAAAAACGCCGUCCUCAUCGAUGUCAGCGGAACCGGUGGUUACAUGUGGGAAUGGCUUUCACCAGAAAUGCAGAAUCUUCUUCAACAAAACAGUGAAACAAGUCCCUGCGACAUGCCAUUUGAGACACGGGUUGCCACAGAUUGUUGGGCUUAUGGAAGAUUACUCUCGGCUAUUGCCGAAAAGUGUGCCACUGCUGGGAUUGGGAAAAAACUGCGAUUUAUCGCUGACGGCCUGACCAAGGUGGCUCCCGAAUCUCGCCCCUCGAUGUGCGACGCUCUCAAACAAUUGAAUGAGAAGGAGGAUUAG